GAAGCCCCGCCCCCGCCUCUCUCCUCCCACUCGCUGGAUCUCCGCCCCCCUCCCCGUCUCGCUUCGCCUUGGCAGGAUCGGCGCCGGAUCCCUCGGGAGAGGCUUCUGGGUCCCGCUCGGGGCAGGUCGGGCUGCUCCCCCUCCGGCCUUUGGGGCGCCCCUCCCGCCAGGAGAGCUUCUCCCCCCCCCGCCAGGAGAAAGGAGACCAGUGAAGAUGUGGCUGUGAGCUCCACAGAAGAGAAGGGGGGGGGGCGUUCUUGGAUUGGGACCCACCAACCUUUAGCCCAGACUCCGUUCUAGAGAAUUUGGAAAUUGUGGCCCAGUUGGAGAAGCAGCUUCCUGCACAAAGGGCCAAUCGGUGUGGAGAGAGAAACUGGUCAGUGGUGAUGGUCAUUCCUGGGAAACAAGUGACCCAGAGAUCUCUUAGCUGCAACUUUAAAGGAAAACAACUGGGACUGAAGAUUGACCUGCACGUCAACUAUCAACUGAUAAUAGAAAAUCAGCGCAAGGCAGCAGCCGCCAGAACUCAUGGAGGGCGGGAAACUCUCGGAUCCCCCGUCAGACACAAGCAGCACUCUGAAAAACCACAAAAGAACCCAUGAAUGCUCAGAGUGUGGGAAAUCCUUUGCUCGCCGGUCCCUCCUUUUGACCCACAAGAAGGUCCAUGUGGGAAGCGGAUCCAGUCAAGGUUUGGAAAGUGAGAAAUCCCUUUUUGGAAAAAGGGCCAAAGAUCCCAGUAACCCCCCCAAACUAAAAUCCUAUCAAUGUCAGCAAUGUGGCGUAUAUUUUCCUCAGAAGUCCCACCUUCUUAGGCAUCAGAAAAUCCACACUGGGGAGAAACCCUAUCAGUGUCUGGAAUGUGGGAAAUCUUUCCUUCAGAUAGGAAGACUUAAAAUCCACGAGAGAAUUCACACGGGGGAGAAACCUUACAUGUGUUGGGAAUGUGGGAAGAGCUUUUCCCAGAAGGGCGGCCUUCGGGCCCACGAGAAGAUUCAUACCGGAAUAAAACCUUACAGGUGCUUUGAGUGUGGAAAAAGUUUCACCGAGAGUUCGUAUCUUCGGAAGCAUUGGAAAACGCACACGGGGGAGAAAAACGAAAAGUGCCUCGAAUGUGGGAAAUGUUUUACCUUGAAAUCAUACUUGGUGCAGCAUCAGAGACGUCACACCGGAGAGAGACCCUAUGAAUGCCCGGAAUGUGGGAGACGAUUUGUACAUUCUUCUGAAUUUCAUAAACACCAGAGGAGGCACAAAGGGGAGAAACCCUAUGAAUGUGGGGAGUGUGGGAAAGGUUUUCUUACACAAACAGAGGUUCAGGUUCAUCAGAGGAUCCACACAGGGGAGAAGCCGUACAAGUGUGGGGAGUGUGAGAAAUGCUUUGCCAAAAAGGAAAACCUUGGAAGCCAUCGCAGAGUCCACACAGGAGAGAAGCCGUACAGAUGCGCAGAAUGUGGAAAAUGUUUUGUAAGGAAGAGGAACCUUUGGAGACAUCAUGAAACCCACACAGGGGAGAAGCCAUAUCAAUGCAUCGAAUGUGGACGAUUUUAUCAUACUGCAUCAGCCGUUAGAUGUCAUGUGGAAACUCACACAGGGGAGAGAAAUUACAAAUGUUUAGACUGUGGGAGAGCAUUUGCUCAUUCAUGUUCCCUUCUACGUCACAGCCAAAUCCACAUAGGAGACAAGCCCUAUAAAUGCUUGGAGUGCAAUAAAUGUUUUUCUCGGAAAGAUUCUCUUUUGAUGCAUCAGCGAAUCCACACUGGAGAGAAACCGUAUAAAUGCCUGGAGUGUGGGCAAUGUUUUGCCCGGACGUCAUCACUUUGCAGGCACACCAGAACUCACACAGGGGAGAGGCCUCACAAGUGUGCAGAGUGUGAGAAAACUUUUCAUUGUAAAUCUCAGCUAAAAAUGCAUCAAAAAGUCCAUAGUAGAGAGAAACCCCUUCAGUUGGGAUCCAAGAGUUUCCCAGGCUCCAUCCUUUCUGGCACUGGCUGCCUUGGGCUGAUUUUCUACUAUCUCUUGAAAGGUGACUUGCAGAAAAUCAGCCCAAGGCAGCCAGUGCCAGAAAGGAUGGAGCCUGGGAAACUCUCGGAUCCCCCGUCAGACACAAGCAGCACUCCAGAAAACCACAAAAGAACCCAUGAAUGCUCAGAGUGUGGGAAAUCCUUUGCUUGCCGGUCCCUCCUUUUGACCCACAGGAAGUUCCAUGUGGGAAGCGGAUCCAGUGAAAGUUUGCAGGGUGAGAAAUCCUUCUCUGGAAAAGACAUGAAAAAUUUCAGAAGCCCCCCCAGACUAAAGCCCUAUAAAUGUGAGGAAUGUAACUUAUGCUUUGGUCGAAGGUCAGCCCUUCUUAGACAUCACAAAAUCCACACUGGAGAGAAACCCUAUCAGUGUCUGGAAUGUGGGAAAUUUUUCCGUGAAAAAGGCAGUCUCAGAAACCAUGAGAGAAUUCACACAGGGAAGAAACCUUACAAGUGUUGGGAAUGUGGGAAGAGCUUUUCUUGGAAGGCAAGUCUUUGGGUCCAUGAGAAGGUUCAUGCAGGAAUAAAAUCUUACAAAUGCUUUGAGUGUGGAAAAUGUUUCACCCGGAGUUCAAUUCUUUGGACUCAUGCGAAAACACACAGAGGGGAGAAAAACAAAAAGUGCCUCGAAUGUGGGAAAUGUUUUAUCUCAAAAUCAAACCUAGUGAAACAUCAGAGAAUUCACACCGGAGAGAGACCCUAUGAAUGCCCAGAAUGUGGGAGACGAUUUAUGUUUCCUUCUCUUCUUCAGAGGCACCAGAAGGGGCACAAAGAGGAGAAACCCUAUCAAUGUGGGGAAUGUGGGAAAGGUUUUGUUACACAAGGAAUGCUUCAGCGUCACGAGGGAAUCCACACAGGGGAAAAACCAUACAAAUGUGGGGAGUGUGGAAAAUGUUUUACCCAAAAAGAAAACCUUGGAAGUCAUCAGAGGCUCCACACAGGAGAGAAGCCAUACAGAUGCCUAGAAUGUGGGAAAUGUUUUGCUCAAAAGGGAACUCUUUGGACACAUCAUAAAACCCACACAGGGGAGAAGCCAUAUCAAUGCUUCGAAUGUGGGAAAUGUUUUGCUCGAAAGGGAAACCUUUGGACACAUCAUAAAACCCACGCAGGGGAGAAGCCAUAUCAAUGCUUUGAAUGUGGGAAAUGUUUUAUCUCGAAAUCAAGCCUGGUGCAACAUCAGAGAAUUCACACCGGAGAGAGAUCCUAUGAAUGCCCAGAAUGUGGGAGACGAUUUAUGUUUCCUUCUCUUCUUCAGAGGCACCAGAAGGGGCACAAAGAGGAGAAACCCUAUCAAUGUGGGGAAUGUGGGAAAGGUUUUCUUACACAAAGAGAGCUUCAGCUUCACGAGAGAAUCCACAAAGGGGAAAAACCAUACAAAUGUGAGGAGUGUGGGAAAUGCUUUGCCCAAAAAGAAGGCCUUGGAAGGCAUCAGAGGCUCCACACAGGAGAGAAGCCAUACAGAUGCCUAGAAUGUGGAAAAUGUUUUGCUCAACAGGGAAACCUGUGGACACAUCAUAAAAUCCACACAGGGGAGAAACCAUAUCAAUGCAUCGAAUGUGGACAAUUUUAUUCUACCACAUCAAACCUUAGAAGUCAUGUAAAAACUCACACAGGGGAAAGAAACUACAAAUGUUUAGACUGUGGGAGAGCAUUUGCUCAUUCACAUUCCCUCAGAAGACACAGCCGAAUCCAUACAGGAGAGAAGCCCCAUAAAUGCUCGGAGUGCAAUAAAUGUUUUUCUAAAAAAAAUACUCUUGUGAUACAUCAGAGAACCCACACUGGAGAAAAGCCAUAUAAAUGUCCAGAGUGUGGGCAAUGUUUUCCCCGAACAUUAUCACUUCGCAAACACACCAGAAGCCACACAGGGGAAUCGCCUUACAAGUGUGCAGAGUGUGAGAAAACCUUUCAUAGUAAAUCUCACCUAAAAAGGCAUCAGAAAGUCCAUAGUAGAAAGAAACCCCUUCAGUUGUGAGGAAUGUGGAAAACAUUUUUUGAAAUGUCACAUCUUAUAAUUCACCAGGAACUUCACACAGUCCCAGAAGGGAAAUGCUAUAGUGUUUUGGUGUGGGGAAAGCUUCACAAUAACGAUGUCAAGACUGCUAACAUCGGAUGUUCUUGCUUGCCAUAUAUGAAAAAGCAAACACGUUUUAUUUAACCUGCGUAUCACUUCUAGAGUUAAAGUCAGACAAUGUUAGAAUAGCGGGUGGGAAAGUAUAUACUCGGGGGAUAGUUAGCCACAACAAUAUUUCAGUACAGUAUUGCCAAGGUCAGCUGUAACCAGAGGAGUUAUGGGAGGGAAAGUUCACACUUCAAACUAAUUGGAGAACGUGAUUGAUGACUGUGAAAUGAAGGAGUGAGUUAUGCUUUAUUACGGGUGAUUGGGGGUGGGAGGAUUCAGUUUUUGGCUGCAUUAUGUACGUGCCAAAGCUAUGUGGCAAUAAAAGGAUUCUUUAAGGCAGUGGUUCUCAACCUUUUUAAUGCCACGACCCCCAACCGGUCGUAUGUCGAGGACUACUCAACUGGUGCAGCACCGUUUGCAGAAUGGGACUUUUGGU